ACACCGCAGUCCAGUCAUUGCUUAAUAAAAGUUCGAACAAAAUUUGUUUCCCUCAUACGAAAAUUUACCUUAAACCUUUAGUUUUUGACAUGGAAACUUCAACUUCGAAUAAUGCGUCCGCAAACUCUGAUCAAACUCAAUCCCCAUCUAAUCAACAAGACGGUUCUGUUCUUAUAAAUAAUCAUUCAAGAACAGGAUCCGUAAGUCAAAAUAAUUCUGUUCCCCGAGAAAAUAAUAGGAGAGGUCGUUAUCGUAAUCGCGGUCGGGGCAAUGAUCGAUCACAGAACAUUAGUCGGGAGAAUACGAAGGUUUUUUCGGCUAAUCCGUCUAAUGAACUAAGCGAACCACAGGUAGUUUCACACUCAGAAACUGCUUCUACUUCAAGAAGUAGAGGAUCGAGGCAUUCUCGUUAUCAACGAGGAAACAAUAUAAGUAGUAAUGUUAGCCAAAGUCCCGGUUCACAAAACCUUAAUCAAGAUCUAACUUCUAAUAUAGCUGACGAGUCAAGUGAACAACCUGCAAUUCAAUCAAAUUCUCAUCACACUUCAAAUUCAAGACACAGAGGGUCAUCAAGGCGCUUUCAUCAUCGGAAAAGGGAUAAUACAGAUCGAACUGCUAAUCAACAUUCCGGAUCAAAUUAUGAUCAAAUAAAUGUUGGUGAACCGAGCGAGCAACAAUCAGGUUCUCAGUCUACUUCAAUAAAUAAUAGAAACUAUGAUGUUGAUUCUUCUGAGAGUCGAAGACACCGUUUUAAAAAUAGACCUCAUGAAAGGAAUGAUCAUGAUUCCCAAAAUGUUUGCUCUGAGAGUGCCGAUUCUCAGACACUACCUAUAUCACAAGCAACUGAUAAUGUUAUCUCCCAAAGAGGUAGGCCGUCUCACCGUCGUGGUAGGUAUAGAGCACCACGAUCAUCAAACAGAACGAGCGGGACUCACAUCUCACAAAAUGAAAAUCGAGGAAUUCCCAAAGAUUCGAUAACGAGUCAAGUAAAAAAUAACGACGGCGUUAUCUCAGAAUCUUCACCUGAGAACUUUUCUUCAAAAGUUCAGUCUUUAAAUUACACAGAAAAUUCUCAGUCCAACAAUUCAGAUAAUGGACCACUGAUAAUCUCUGAUAAUAAGGGCAAAAAACCGGAGCCAGCUAUAGCUGAAUCAUCAUCAUCCCAGUCCAAUUCAAAUUUAAAUUCUAAACAAAAACAUUCUCGCAAUAAUUAUCAUCCUAAAAAAUCUUCCGUUUACAUGCUUUCUCCUAGUGAUAUCAAAGACGUGCGUACCUCUAUAACACAUGGCCUUACAACCUCUACCUAUGAGUGUAUGAUAUGUUGCGAAGUCAUUAAGCCUCAUAAUAAGACAUGGUUCUGUGGAGUUUGUUGGGCAGUUUUUCAUCUUUCAUGCACGCAAAAGUGGGCAAAUAAGUCGAUUAAAGACGCAGGAUCCUGGCGUUGCCCAGGCUGUCAAAACAGAACGGAAAUUAUUCCCGAUACAUAUCAAUGCUUUUGUGGUAAGAAGGAAAAUCCACCGAAUUCUAGAUAUUUUACUCCCCACAGUUGUGGAGAGGUCUGUGGAAGAAAACGGGAUUGCCCUCAUGAUUGCACUCAGUUGUGCCACCCUGGUCCUUGUGAUCGCAAUUGCUAUGCUAUGGGUCCUGUUCAAAAUUGUUUUUGUGGUCGCCAGAAACUUCAACUUCUUUGUAUUAACACAGAUUAUUCUGGAAGAUCAUGUGGAUCUACUUGUGAAAAAUUGCUUGAGUGUGGCAAACAUUAUUGCGAACAAAAAUGCCACGAUGGCGUAUGUUCAAAAUGUGAUGUCAUAGAGUUACAAAAAUGUUAUUGUGGUCGGUCAGAGCGUGAGAUCAAAUGUGGUGAAAGAAUGGGCAUUCAUUGUUAUGACAAUUACAAUGACAAUUCGAACGAAUGGACUGGUUUCUUUUCAUGUGAUCGUGUUUGUGCGCGGUUACUUGAGUGUGGAAAACACUUCUGCACAAAAAUAUGCCAUCCAAUCACUGGUGAAACAGAACCAUGCCCGUCAGAUCCUUCGAAAGUUCAAGAUUGUCCUUGUGGUGCGCAUACUAUAGAAGAAUUGCUUGGGCGUAAAAGGAUAUCAUGCGACGAAGAAAUCCCUCUGUGCGGAAACAUUUGUGGAAAGAUCCUUUCCUGCGGUCAUCUGUGCACAGACAAGUGCCAUCACGGAGACUGCAAGCCUUGUUCCGUUAUUGUAACUGUCAAAUGUCGUUGUGGUAGUACCGAAUUUGAGAGAGCUUGUUGUGAAGUUGUAGGGGAAUUUAGUGAACCACCAUUGUGUGAGAAAAUAUGCAAGGGAUUGAGAAGUUGUGGAAAACAUCAGUGUAACGUUAAAUGUUGUCCUUCGGCCAAUGUUAAGCAGAAACAACCUAAAAGAUGGGGUACUCCUCGAGAUGGAGAAAAUGAUACAAAUCAUUUAUGCCCUUUAUUGUGUGGCAAGAUGCUACAAUGUGGUAACCAUACUUGCCAGCUUCUUUGUCAUAGAGAACAGUGUAUGUCUUGUUUGGAAGCUUCUUUUGAGGAGUUGUCAUGUAACUGCGGCCGCACUAAGGUUUAUCCACCAAUUCCAUGUGGGAUGAAGGUUCCAAAAUGCCAGUAUGAAUGUAAUCGGAAUCCUUCCUGUGGUCAUGCCGCAGUUUCACACUUAUGCCAUUCUGAUGAGGAACCAUGUCCACCAUGCCCUUACCUUGUCAAUGAUAAAAUGUGCAUGUGUGCUGUGGAGGUCAUCGAUGUCGACGAACUUGUCAUUCUGGAAAUUGUCUUGUGGGAGAAAAAUGCGUCCAGACCUGUGGUAAGCCUCGUAAAACAUGUGGUCAUCCUUGCACAUAUACAUGCCAUGCACCAGCAAGAAAAUUUUGAGGAAAUAAAAGAUCGACGGUUAGAAUGUAGCGAAUCUUGUGCGAUGGUAGAAAGAAACCGUAAAUUAGCAAGUGCACUAGAAUUGAACGAUCGCAUUAAUGAAGGAGAUCUUAUCAAGGCGAUCCCCGAGUACGAAGAAGAUUUACUUCGAUAUUAUAGUUCCAACAAGGAUUGGGCUAAAAAUAUUGAAAAUUCACUGAAUGAGUUUCUCAUGAAGCCCAAUAAAACUUUAAAUUUUCAACCAAUGAAGUCAACACAUAGGAAGUUCAUACAUGAAUUGUGUGUUCAUUAUCGAUUAUCAUCUUGUAGUUUUGAUGUUGAUCCAUACAGAAGCGUCGUUGUGACAAAAAAGCCUGAUUCUGCUAUCCCCCCAUUACUGCUUUCGCAGGUCUUUGCUAAACAGGGUAAACUAGGUGGUCAAUCAUUAAAUGCGACUUCUUCCUCCACAACUAUUGAGCAGUCCGCGCGUAAAACAAAACAACCAGUUAAUGCUUUAUACUUGUCAGAAUUAGCGACUGGAUUAACUAAGGAAGAACUACAGAAACUUUUGGAUCCAUUAUUAGGAAAAUUAAAAUUUCAAAUUAAAUGGGUCAACGAUGAAGAUGUAGUUCUUAUACCAUUCGUCGGUUCAAUGCAUAUGGACGACCUAGAGUCCCAAUUGGUGAAGUUGAAACUUUCUGCUAAGGAUAGUUUGAUCUCAAAAGGAAUUGUAACAUGGGUGGAAUUAUGUUGGAUUAACUCAAAAUAUGAAGUUGUUUGGCGUGAAAGAAGCAAAUUGUUGCAUGGACCUAACGUUUCUGCUUCACGUGUGGUUGCUUCUUCAGUGUCAAUUGGCAGUACAAAUCCAUACGUUGCACUGAUGAAUUUCACCGAUAGAUCACAUACAAAUGGUUUGUCGGAUGUUUGUACCAAAAGUAGUAGUGAUAAUACUGGCACAUGCAGUAAACAAAUUCCUAAAAGUCCAGUUAUAAAUAAUGGCGAUAGCAUUGUUGACGAUUGGGAAUUAUUAAGUGAUGACUAA